AUGAAAUCAUUUAUAUUCACAAAGGCUUCAAACGUUUAUAAAAUAAAUGUAAUUAUUGUAUUAAUUUGUUGUAUAAGAAUCUGCAAACCAAACACGUUGUUUGAUUUGCUGACCACCGAUGGCUUGGCCUCCGAUAAAUACGGACUUCACUCACUUUUUGAGAAAAACAACAAUAACUUUAGUAUAGAAGCCGAGGAUCAGCGCCAACAAAUGGACAAAGAAUGGUUCCGACGAUUACCGAUCAGACCGGGAAUGGUUCAGUUUUCGGCUAAAAAGCCCAAUCAUUUGCCACGACUUGACCCGACGGUAACGCACGCGCGCCGCAGUAAACGCAAAUCGGAACGCUUUAUGACUGAACUCGUUCAGGAUGUUUGUCCGUCGGUUUCCGAUUGGGUCGCCCGUCAGGAAGCACUCGACCCCUACGGUAAUCGUCUAACUAUUGUUCAAAGAAUUCCCAUUAAUGGCACUGUUAUUAAUCAAUACUUCUUUGAGACUUUUUGCUCUCAUAAUCUCGAAAAUAACCAAAAUAUUGAAAAUAAUAAUCUCGACUAUAAUUAUGGCUUUUAUAAUAAUUAUCAAAACAACUUUAAUAUCCUUAAUAAUCAAUACAAUCCUCUAACUCAAUGUCGCGGAAUUGAUAAAAAGAUGUGGUCGUCUCGAUGUCGGGAGAACUACAUCUGGACAUACGGUAAAGUGAUAACUAGUACGGGAGAUAUCGGUUGGUCUGUGAUUGCUAUACGUGGGUCCUGUAGUUGUGCUAUUUGGCCGAAAACCAAUGAUGUGGUCAAUGGUAGGGGAAGGAGAGUCAGUCCAAAACAUGUCAACAAAGAAGAUAAUCAUUUAUUAACGGAUCCAUUCUUUUGA